AUGAUCAUUAUGUUGUUGGAUGAGUCUUCACAUCACUCUGCUGGCUGCGGUGGAGGUGGUGGAGAGGGGAAGAGAAACGCCGCUGGGGGAGGAGAUUUAAAGAAGCUUCGCUCAGGAGGUGGCGGAGAGAGGAAGAGAAACGCUGUUGGCGGAGGAGAUUUAAAGAAGCUUCGCUCAGGAGGUGGCGGAGAGGGGAAGAGAAACGCUGCUGGCGGAGGAGAUUUAAAGAAGCUUCGCUCUGGAGGUGGCGGAGAGGGGAAGAGAAACGCUGCUGGCGGAGAAGAUUUAAAGAAGCUUCGCUCAGGAGGUGGCGGAGAGGGGAAGAGAAACGUUGCUGGCGGAGGAGAUUUAAAGAAGCUUCGCUCAAGAGGUGGCGGAGAGGGGAAGAGAAACGCCGCCGGAGGUAGAGAUUUAAAGAAGUUUCGUGUAGGAGGUGGCGGAGAAGUGAAGAGAAACGCCGCUGGAGGUGGCGGAGAAGUGAAGAGGAAGGCAGAUAGAGAUCUACCGGAAUGCAUCAGCUCCGACCAUGAGUCAGCAAUGGCAAGAAAUGGAUGA